AUGCCUCGAUUCUCCGGCGCGUUUGGCCGGCGUAAGUCUGUCGCCGACAACCUUGAAAAUGUCGACCUGAAUGCCCCUGCCCAGCCGUCCUUCAAGGUUUUGGAGCGCAACACACACACCAACACUCGAUCUUUCGAUGGCGGUGCCAAGAUGACUAUGCCCAAACCCGCCCAGCAUACUCUCCUGAGGCCGACGCAAGACCCCCAUGAGGACAACAUGUUUGCCGAUUUCAAGACCAGCCGGGGCAGCGGUCUCUCAAACACCACGCAAGCCACCUCAACCGAUAACUCGUCCCGCCAUAGCAAUGCAUCGACAGCACCCUCCUCUGCCGACAUGCACGCCAACACCUCACCCGUUGAGGCGCGCCAGGCAAACAAGGCUACUACGCCGGCGGAAGCCGAUGGCCCUGCUCGCGGACCCUCCACGAAAUCGAUCAGUGCCUCUUUGUUCAAGGCUUCCCGAACCUGGUCAUUUGGAGGACAGAAGAAGCAGUCCAUCCCUCCCCCUCGAGACGAGCCCGCUGUUCCUGAUCUGCCGCCCAUGUUGACCAUACAGACUGGUUCUACUAGCGUCCCAACGGAACCCAUCAAGUCGCCUGCUAGCCCUAGCUCUCCCGAGCAGAAAAAGGCGCUGGACCUCGGCGGUGACUUUGGGGCCAUGUUCUCCAGCCGUGGUCUCGAAACCGUCCGGGAAACUGCCUCCAAUCCCCGAUCUCUGACAGGCGGCCGAACAAAUACAAUGCCUGCUUCAAUGUCAGAGCCUCUUUCUCCCUCAGACUCUACGCCAACGGCCACUUACCCCACCGAAUACAAGAAAUCCACGCCUUCUCCUGUCCUCGACGAGGAUGCCAAGCUUCUUCGUGACUCGUUUGCUGCAAUGAAGUUCCUCGACAACCCUCAUUCCGGCAGCGGCAACGCCCACGGGCUGUCUGCUACCGAGUCCUUCUACAGCCGACAGCCCCGUGAUGACCCAAUUGUCCGCAAGCCAGUCACAAUUGCCGAGAGCUUCGCCAAGGACAAGGAGGACAAUUUGUUUGAGGGCCGUACAUAUUCGUUUGCGAGAAACAACAACAGAUACAUCAGUCAACGUACCGCCCAUCCUCCCCGAAACAAGGUCAUGACACCCGCCCAAUUCGAACAGUACAAGCAGGACAAGGAGAGGCAAGGCAUGACAGCAAAGACGACUGGCCCUGUCCCCAGCGGUGGUCGUGCGCUCCCUCCCCUGCCACCCAAGGCAGAGGAGGACGACGAGGACGAAAUCAACUACGAUGACGACGAAGACGAGGCUGAAAAAUCCAGACAGCAAGUCAAGCAGCGCCGUAAGCAGGAAGCUCACAUGGCGGUUUACCGCCAGCAGAUGAUGAAGGUCACCGGCGAGCACGCCGUCCCUCCUAUUGCUCCUGCGCGCCCCAGCCUGCCUGCAACCAUGAGUGCACCUCAGCUGUCGACCAUGAAGACCCCAGCGAACCCAGCGAACCCCACUUCCGGCGUUUCUGACGAGGAUGAGGACGACGAGGUCCCGCUGGCCAUUCUCCAAGCUCACGGAUUCCCUGCUAAGAACAGGCCUCCGACCCGCCUGAGCGCGUCCGGCUCCAACCCGAACCUCCGAAACUCCUACCAGCCAUCAGUGUCUCGACCCCAAUCUGUCAUGGGUGAUGCUUCCGCGAAUUCCGCCAACCGACGAGCCUCGACCCUUCCCGCAUUUGCCCGCGGCCUUCCCCAAGAUCCGUUCGUUGGCGCAUCCAUUCACAAACCAGCCGUUCGAGAAUCGCUUUCCUUCCACGAGGGUCCCCGCAACGGCGGUCAGAGCUCUCUACACCCAGGUGGUCUAGUCGGUGUCAUUGCCAACGAGGAACGCUCAAGGGCCAUGCGCCGUGGUAGCCCGAACAUUGAUGCUGGCAGACCCCUGCCACCAAACAUGUAUCAGCAAGCCGGACCCGGUGGCUUUGACCCUGUCACUGGUAUUCCCCACCAGAUGAUGUAUGGCCAGAGUGGUAUGAACGGCAUGGGUGGCGGAAACAUCAUGCCGGGAAUGCAUCCUGGAGAGCAGGCACAGCAGCAAAUGACCCAGCAGAUGCAGCAAUUUAUGCAGAUGCAGAUGCAGUUCAUGCAGAUGAUGGCUAUGAACCAAAAUCAGCCAAAUCAUCAAGGCAUGCCGCAAAUGCCUCAGAUGCCUCAGAUGCCCAACAACCCUUACCCCAUGCAACAGCAGCAGGGAGGCUAUGCCGCAACACAGUCCAUGGGUAAUCUGUCGUCACGGCAAUCGGUCAUGGGCGUGGAGCCAAUGAUGGAUCGCUUCGACCCCAACAUGCGCACCAUGAGCAUGGUCCAGCCACCACCGCAGUUCAUGGGCCAUCACCCUGGCUAUGCAGGCUCCACCCACGGCUCAAUCUCUGGCGGCAUGGGAUAUGCCCCUUCCAUCGCACCCUCUGAGCGCAGCAACAUUGGACUGCCGGGCCGCUACAGGCCAGUAUCUCAUGUUGCCACACCGUCACCCAAGCUUAGCCAGCACAGCGACUCUUCCAACACCGUAUCCGGUGGCCUGGGUGCGGGCCUGGCCAUCUCCGACGCCAAUAAGAGCCGCUCCUCUCUCAACGUAUCCCGCAAGGCUUCUGAUGGAUCCGACGACGACGACGAAUCUGGCUGGGCAGCUAUGAAGGCGAAGCGCGACAAGAAGCGGUCCAUGUGGCACAGAAAGAAGCCCCUCAGUGGCGACCUCACCAACGAGCAGCUCGCCGGUAUUUAA